UGGAGGGCUGGCAGUCAUGGAGUCCCUCUGGAGGCUGAAGCGGUUUGAUGCGUUCCCGAAGACCUUGGAGGAUUUUCGAGUCAAGACGUGCGGGGGCGCGCUCGUGACAGUAAUCAGUGGACUCAUCAUGCUACUACUUUUCUUCUCAGAACUCCAAUACUAUCUCACAAAGGAGGUUCAUCCAGAAUUAUAUGUUGACAAAUCAAGAGGAGACAAGCUCCGGAUAAACAUAGAUGUUGCUUUCCCCCAUAUGCCAUGUGCUUAUCUGAGCAUUGAUGCAAUGGAUGUUGCUGGAGAGCAGCAGCUAGACGUUGAACACAAUCUCUUCAAACAGCGCUUGGAUAAAGAUGGCAAGCAUGUGACACCAGAAGCAGAAAGACACGAGCUAGGAAAAGAAGAGGAGAUAUUAUUUGACCCCAACUCCUUAGAUCCUGAUCGUUGUGAAAGCUGUUACGGAGCCGAGUCUGAGGACAUCAAAUGCUGUAAUACUUGUGAUGAUGUGAGAGAAGCAUAUAGGCGGCGAGGCUGGGCUUUCAAGAAUCCAGACACCAUAGAACAAUGCAAAAGAGAAGGCUUCAGCCAGAAAAUGCAGGAGCAGAAAAAUGAGGGCUGCAAAGUAUAUGGGUUUCUAGAAGUCAAUAAAGUAGCUGGCAAUUUUCAUUUCGCACCGGGAAAAAGCUUCCAACAGUCACAUGUUCAUGUACAUGAUCUGCAGAGCUUUGGACUUGAUAAUAUAAACAUGACACAUUUUAUCAAGCAUCUUUCCUUCGGGAGGGAUUAUCCUGGCAUUGUGAACCCGCUUGAUGGGACAGUCGUCAUAGCAGAGCAAGGUUCUAUGAUGUUUCAGUAUUUUGUAAAAGUGGUCCCAACAGUGUAUAUGAAGGUUGAUGGUGAGGUGGUGAGAACAAACCAGUUUUCAGUAACACGGCAUGAAAAAAUAGCGAAUGGCCUGAUUGGAGACCAAGGUCUACCUGGUGUAUUUGUGCUCUACGAGCUCUCUCCCAUGAUGGUGAAACUAACAGAGAAACAUAGGUCCUUUACACAUUUUCUCACUGGAGUCUGUGCUAUCAUUGGAGGAAUAUUUACAGUUGCAGGACUCAUUGACUCUUUGAUCUAUCAUUCAGCUCAGGUCAUUCAGAAGAAAAUAGAGCUUGGGAAGAUGACAUAGAUUUGUUGAAAGGAAGGAAUGAAAAAAGACUCCUAUAAGACAGUGACUUUUCUGAAUGUAUCAAGAGCAGAUACCUGGACUCGUGAAGAGCCCCCUGACAAGAGUUCCAGGCAUGGUUUCAUUCCUUGUUUGGGCAUUAAUUCAUGGGUUGGGAGAAGUAAAACGGGAUUCAUUAAACAUCCAUCCUGUGUGACAGUUAAAUCAGUGCUGUACCUUAGAUUCUAGUACUUGUGUGAUCUUUUGGUGUAUCUCUCAACCUCUGGAGUUUGAGACAUGGAGCAGUUGAAUGCAGCUCAUUUUUAAAUGUGGGCAACAAAUAUUUUCUGGUUGUACUUAUACCCAGUGCUAUCCUUACAAUGUGUGUGUGGAACAACUUCUCAGGAAAGUUUUAAUAACACUGUCAAAUAUUUGAUACCUUCCUACAUUCCAGUAGAAUCAUGCUAAGUGUGCUCCCCUCAGCAGGUUUUCAUUUUCUGUUUCCUUUUCUUCUUCCUUGGCAGCUUGAACACUAAGCAUGCACUGCAGCCAGUGCCCCUGAUUUUCAAGUCUAUCUCCACCUCCGGUGUGUGCUGUUCUUUGAACGGUGUCUUUUCUAGCAAAGAUACAUUGGCUUGAUAUAGAUUCAGCUCAAAUCUAGCUCUUCUGCUGCAGACCUACACAGCUACUGGCUUGCUGUACAUUACAAUCUUAUGAACAUAAGAACAUAAGAGAUGCCAAUGUUGGAUCAGGCCAAAGGCCCAUCCAGUCCAAC